AUGGACGCGCUGGCCGUCACCGCGGUCUUGCUGCUUGUGCUGCGGACGGCCGUCCGCGUUGACGCGGCCGGCAACGUGGACAUCGGUCGCGGCGUCGACGUGCUCCAGCGGUUCGGCAUCAUUGGCGAUGUGCUGUACGGCGACGUGUCCAACACCAAGGAGAUGGUCACGCACGACAUAAUCGAAGGCGCCGAUCGUUUUACUGAAGUUUUAAAUGUGACAAAAAAUCAUACAAAUUUACUGAACAUCACAUUUUGUCCCGAUUUGGACUGCCUAUUUGACGUAUAUUUUGAUGGGUUUCAAGUCGAUUUAGCCGAUAAACCAUGGAAACUGUUGACAACAAGUAGAUCACGGCAUAUGGUAUCCGAACGUUUUGGCGUACCUGAUAUAGCAAUGGGAUUCGGACAAAAAUUCGUAAUAGUGUCUUAUAGACGACCAGUGAAACGAAUUAAGACAUUUGACAACUUUACACAAUUGGCAGAACUAAAAUCAACAAUAUCCGACAAAUUUAAAUGUAUGUCCAUUGGUAUAGAAUCAAUGGUGACGGAUUUUAUUACGGAGCAUGGAUCGCAUUAUAUUGAUGAAUACACAUUAGGGGAUACUGUUUUCCAGGUGUUGGUGUAUCUGCCGGUGUUCUACAACAAGUUUUACAAGUGCGUGCUCAACAAUUGUUCGGAAUCGGACACGGCGUUGCUGCUGUCGCCGGUGUACACCGAAUAUCAGGGACAGGUGCUGAGCGUCGGAUCGGACGCAGUGGAGAAAUGGGUCGACACCAAUCUGCAGGUCGAGUCCAAGCACGGCCACACGUACGUCAGCCUGUACGCGCUCAAAAACCGGCCGGAGCUGUGCAAUGAGAUCGUCGCGCUCAUGGACGACCAAUCGGUGGUCGGGCUGCACCUCAAGGUCGUGUCCACGUUCGUCGCCGAACCGGCCAAGCGCAAGUGGUUCACCGAAGUGCUGGACAACCAUGUAAAACUUCGCGAAGUCAAUCUCUGAACAGUCUGAACUCUGAACCGUAUAGGUACGUCCGGCAACGGAGGAGGAAUACUCAAUUUGUAUAAUAUUGUGGAUUAUAUCCGACGACCUUUAAAAAAUAGCGUUAGGUCGAUAGUGUAAAUUGUGUAUAUAGAUACCAUAAUAUUAUAAUAAAUAAUAAUUAAUAAGUACCUAUAUGAAAUGACUGCAGCACAUCUAUGGUCGGCAGGAGAUCGUCAAUAGUCAAUAUGUAGACGGAAAAAAAAAUUAUUAUUUAUUAUUUUCUAGUAUAUUAUAAAAUUAUAUAAUUGUAUAUAUAACUUUAUUUAAAUUGUUCAGUGUUUACAUAAAAAUAACACUAGUAAUUUUUAUUGAAAAAUUAUUAAAUAAUUCUGUUUUGUAUAAAAAAUGUUCAUUACAUUUUAAUUUUUUAUGAUACUCGUAAAUCGUAAUGUAAACUUGUGUAUGUAUAGUAUUUACUAUCUAUAAUACAUUAAUACGCAUGUAUUAAAUAAUAUAAUAUAACUAUCACUCCAUAUACGAGCAGAUAUAUCAGAUUAUAUUUAUUUCGAUUGCAUUAGAUGUAAUAAUAACAUCAGUCGUCGGUGUCAAUAUUUCGAGGUAAGUAUAAUUGUUAUUACUGUUAUUCGUUCUUUUGCAUACUGCUGUUACUUGUAUUUAAACUGUAUAUGUACAUACAUGUUACUUGAUAUAAUAUAAUAUGAUGCAUGGAUA